AUGGAACUUCCGGAAAAUCUGUUGGCAGCAUGGGAGACUUGGAAGAAGGAUUUGCCUGGUUUACGGAGCGUCGCUAUACCACGUUGGUAUUUCACAGCUGAGACAAAGGGCAGGAUACAGUUACAUCAUUUUUGCGAUGCAAGUGAGACCGGUUAUGGAAGUGUGGCAUACCUGAGAAAAAUAUAUGAUGACGGGAGAAUAGAGUGUGCCUUCCUGAUUGCGAAGUCGAGAACAGCUCCUGCUAAGUUUGUAUCAGUACCACGCCUUGAGCUACAGGCCGCUGUCAUUGCUGUCAGAGUGGAUGGACUGGUACGCCGUGAGUUGGAUCUAUUGGUGGAGGACACAUAUUUUUGGACGGACUCCAAAAUCACGUUGCAGUAUAUCAGGAGUGAAGAUCGCCGGUUCAAGACUUACGUUGCCAACAGGGUUGGUGAAAUUCGUGAUGGGUCAAAAAUAGAUCAGUGGCAGCACAUUCCUGGAUGCAUGAAUCCAGCAGACUUAGCAUCGAGAGGACAGUCAGUCAAGAGCUUUCUCAAAGCAAGCCAUUGGUUUAGAGGACCAGAAUUUCUCUGGGGAUCAGAGGAGAACUGGCCAAAUGUAGAAGUUCCGCCACUGCCCAAUGAAGACCCUGAGAUCAAGGAAGAAAGAAUAAUUGGAGCUAUUGGUGUAGAGGAGAAGCCAGUUGUAUCAAAGCUACUGGAAAGGUAUUCGAACUGGACUCGAUUGGUGAGAGCUGUUGUCAUUUUGAGGAAGUUCUGCAGCUAUCUACGGGACAAGUCAUCAGUUGAACGGAAGAUUAUAGCAGAUGACAUGAAGGAAGCUACAUUAGUCAUUGUCAAGUCAGUUCAGAAAGCUGAGUUUCAGGAAGACAUAGAGAGUCUCGAGAAUAUUGGCCGUGUCAAGACCAAGAGCAAGCUGAAAUGUUUGAGCCCUGUACUGAUUGAUGGCCUGUUACGAGUGGGAGGACGGAUCGCCGGAGCCCCAGUGUCGUUCGAUUGUGCUUAUCCUAUGAUUUUGUCUAAGCACCAUCACGUCUCAAAUUUGCUGAUUGAGCAUUUCCACUUGGCAACCAAACAUGCUGGUCAAGAACAUGUGUUGGCAAAAAUGCGAGAGAGUUUUUGGAUUCCGCAGGCCAGGUUUGCAGUACGAAGGAUACUAAAAAAAUGCAUCGGAUGCAGGAAGAGAUUGGCUCAGAGGAUGACCCAGAGGAUGGCAAACUUGCCAGAUAUGCGAUUGAUUGCGUAUGAUCCACCCUUUACGAGGACAGGAGUUGAUUAUUAUGGGCCAAUGUUAGUUAAGCGUGGAAGAUCGACGGUCAAGAGAUGGGGAGUACUGUUCGAGUGCAUGAACGUGAGGGCAGUACAUCUCGAAAUAGCAGAGUCAAUGGACACCAGUUCAUUUGUGAAUGCCCUGCGGCGAUUCAUUGGACGCAGAGGAUGCCCCUCAGACAUGUGGUCUGACAAUGGAACCAAUUUUGUCGGUGGACAGAGAGAAUUGCGAGAGGCAAUGGAACAGUGGAAUCAAGGGCAGAUUGAAGCUGAGCUGAGUCAGAAAGGGAUUAGAUGGCAUUUCCAGCCACCUGGUGCACCACACAUGUCUGGAGUGUGGGAGAGACUGGUACGGUCAACAAAGCGGACUUUGAAGGCUAUCCUGGGAGAAGGCCUAGUAUCAGACGAAACUCUUCACACCGCUCAUGUUGAGGCUGAAGCCAUACUUAAUAGUAGGCCUCUCUGUAAGGCGAGCGAAGACCCUAAGGAUGAAGAAGCACUCACUCCUGGUCAUUCUAUUGCAGAGGAGGGCCAUUCGGCUACCGCCAGGGAAAUUUGUUGA